AUGGAGGAGAUUCGGGCAUCAGGACGACCAAAGCGUAAGACUAGGGCUCCUGACAGACUGAACCUCCAGCAGCAGCACGUGAAACCCACGAAGACUAUGUUUGGCUAUCACCUCACAAUGGCAGAUAACAAGAAAGGAUUGUCACCAGAAGAGAGAGACGCUAUCAUAGAAGACUGCCACAACAGCACGGAACAACAAUGUCCUCGGAAAGGAAGUAUUCGUGAGUAUGAUGAGAUUGAAGGAAUGGUUAUGGCACAGUACAUCAAUGAGUUGAACGACCGCUUUCAACAAGGGAAGUAUGGUCACAGUUACGGACAGCAUGAUUUGCUGGACAAAGGAUUGAAAGUCUUUGGUGAACGUGGUUACAAGGCCGCUAUGAAGGAAAUAGGCCAAUUGCAUGACCGAGUUGCAUUUGCUCACUUUCGAUCCCGUUCUUUCGCUUACCAGGUGGCUAUGUUCUGUGCAGGUUUGCCUCGAAGGAAAAGCAUCAUAUUUUUGUACUCAAACGAGCUGAACGGUGCAGAGACGGGCAAUUUUGUGGGGAAGCAAAGUAUACCUUCCUUGGAUAUCUUUGUGGGAGAUUAG